GGCAAAGAUACGAGGGACGUUGCCUGCCGCGUGGGCGGGCGGUUGGUGCGAAGGAGCGACGCUGCUGCUGCUGCGCGCGCGUGUGUUGGAGGCCGAGUGGCGGGAAGCGGACGCCUGAUGCUCGGGGCGCGGCAGUGACACACGGCGAUGUUUCAUUCAGCCCUUCGAGGGACAGGGUAUUUAAAACUUUUUUCGGUAGUUAGUCUACAUCUUGAGUUUUGAUCCCCUCCCUGCCUAUGAAAGUUCGUUUAGGUCGUAACAGGAGGUCGUUAAGAAAUGGGAUUUAUUUUCUGAAAUACAAGAAUUACCUUCCAACAUGCCAGAAAAGGAAAAUAGCUAUUCCAAAUUUGGUUCUGCAAAGUCUGUACAACUAAAGUCAAAAAAUAAAAUUAUAAAAAGUGGCAACAUUGAGAUGGAGAGCAUUAUGGAUAAUGCCUCUGAAGUCGUCAGAAGCGAACGUUUGCGUCCUAAUUUUACAGUUAAUAAACCUGUGUUAGAAGGUGGAUUUGCUACCUUACCAAAAAGGAGGAACCUUAUUUUAUGUGAGCUAGCGAAGGAAUACUUUGCCGAUUCAGCUCACCAGUCAAAUGUUAACAGAUUUUCUGCAAAUAGAAUCAAGGAAAUGAAUGGUGGAUUAUUUCAACAAAUUAGUGCAGAUAUUCAGCAAAAUGUUCACAGUGAAGAACACAGUGAUCAGCAUCAAGCCAUUGUCCCCAUUAUUUCUCCAUCGACAUCAAUUGAGGACCUUCAUAGCUCUAGUCCUGAAAAACUGUCUGCCCCAUCUUCACAUCCUUCUCCCACUAUGUUUUGUGGUUAUUGUGGACAUCAAGGUGCAAAUCGGUGUACACAGUGCAAGCAAACAAGUUCAUUUAAGUGCCAGGGGAUUGACUGGCCGGUCCACAAAUCUCUUUGUAACUCUGCCAAAUCAUAUAAACCUGACGAGCAUCUGAGGUUACCCAAAGAAAAGAUGCCUAUGGAACAUCAGGUAAAAGUCUCUCUGUGUGUGAAUACCAAGGAAAUGGCAAAAAAAAUUAAAUUAAAUGACUUGAAAUACAAGAAACUGCCAAAAGAAUCAAAUUUGCAGAUUGUUGUCACAGAAUUCAAAGACCCAAGUGAGUUUUAUGUGCAAAUUCUCACUCCAGAAAAUUUUGAGGCAUUAAGAACAAUUGAAUUAUCACUGAAGGAAGCCUUUGCCAAUAUGAAUAAACUGGAUGAUUAUAUGCCUGAUGAAGGUGAAAUAUGUGCGGCAAAUUUUUCACGGGACCAGAAAUGGUAUAGAGCAUUAGUUCAAGAUGUGAAUGUUGCACAAAAGAAGGCAAAUGUUUUAUACAUUGAUUAUGGAAAUGGAGAAACUGUUCCACUAAACAAGAUUCAGCUGCUGGACAUUGAGAUGGCUCUUUCACCACCUUGUGCAAUGAAGUGCUGUGUCGCAAAUGUUUCAAAACGCACUGGAUGGGGUGAGGUGUGCAUUUCCUCAAUCAAGCUUCAGCUAUUACAGAAGCCUUGCUCCAUGACCAUCGUCGAGAAACUGAGUAAUGUUUCAUGUACUGCUGUGGAACUUGUAAUGCCUUCUGGAAAAUUGUUACAGCAGUACAUCUUAGAAAAAGAGUAUGCUUUGACUCAGAAUGAUGAAACUAACACUGCAAGAACUCCUGGAAAAGAUGACAUCAUAAAGCCACAUAAUAAUGAGACGGAGCGCGAAAAUAGAAAGAGCUCAGUUUCAUUGGGCAUUGAAGAUGUUGCUGUCAUUGUAACACAUGUUGAAACACCAAGCAACUUCUUCUGUCAACAUCUAGCUAAUAGAUAUGAGUUUCAAAAACUACAUAAAGCAUUGGUGGAAUAUUGUAAUAACUUAACUCCUGUACAAAGUUUUAGACCAGCAAUUGGAGAGCCUUGCUGUGCUCAGUUCACAGAGGAUAACCAGUGGUACAGAGCUGCUGUGAUUGGUUACUUCCCUGAGGAUAUUGCCAGGGUAGGAUAUGUAGAUUUUGGAAAUUAUGAAAAGCUCCAUUGCAGUCGCCUACGGCCAGUCCAUAAAGAACUGUGGGAAUUGCCAAAUCAGGCUUUGAAAUGUGCUUUGGCCGGUGUAAAGCCUUUACAUGAUAAUUGGUCUUUGGAUUCUAUAGUAAGGAUGAAAAAUCUGGUGAUGAAUAAAUGUCUAAAAUCCAGAACUGUGUCAAAGAAAGUGAAUUGCGUAUUUGUGGAACUUUUCGAUGAAACAGCAAAUCCAAUUAUUAAUAUCAAUGAACAGUUGAUUAAAGCAGGAUUAGCUGCUAAAAAUGUGGAAAACCAAAUAAAACCCAUUUUGGAAAACAAAAUGUUGGUCAGAAGAAACUUGCAUGCAAAGAUGUGGAAGACAGACAGGAGAGUUGCCUUUGAACUCUGUUGUAGCCAUUCAGGUGAAAGAAAUAAUAAGUCCUGGCAUCUUAUUUGUUCAUGUUAUGGGCACUCAUGGUAAGCAAAACAAAACUUGAUAUGUGAGACAUCUGGCUCCACAUAAUGUAAAUUGGACCAUGCAUGCACACACCACACCCAUCCCUCAAAAAAUUCAUUCAUGCUUUCUUUUUCAAUUUCUUAAAUCUACUUUGUAGCUUUUUUCUCAUGUUAUUUAUUCAAUUCGAUCAUGUUAAAAUCACGAGAAAAAGGGUGUUUUAGCUUGAUUAAUUCUUAAAUUUAACAAUGAUAUAGUUGGAUCAAAAUUACUUGGAUUGACAGAUGAAAAAUGAAUUCGUUUUUCUGCUGACAAACCCAUUUCAGAAACAGUUGGAUUACAGUUCAUAAUAUUUUAACGCCCAACAGUGUAAGUAAUUUCCAAAUAUUUCACAUUCAAAUCUUCCUUUGAUAGUCUACUCUUCAACAAAGGUUUUAUAGCAGCAACCUGUGACAUUAGGUAAUUAUCCGCCCAGAAUCCAAAGGCUGAUUUGAUAAUAACCAUUAUCAGCCCAGAGCCAAAGGCUGAUUUGAAGUAACCAUGUAUAUCUUCAGACAAUCCAUUGGUGAACCAUUGCAGUCUAAACAAGUAAUUAUAUAUUUUUUUGAUGAAAUAGAUCUGUAUGACAUAUUGAAACAAAGGUUAGAGGGAGCUUAAAAAUAGCUACAUCAUUGAUUUUCCAAAACUCAAAUGUCAUUAAAGUGAAGAAAUGAGAGUGCGUGUAAAAGCAAAUUUUCAAUGCUAGGGAAUAAGUUGUGCAGAAAAUGUCAUCAAACCUUUAAAAAAAUUCCUUACGGAGACCGUUCCUUCAGCUCCCUGGUUAACUCAUCCCUUCCCACCAAACCACCCACUCCCCUGUUACCUUCCCCUGAAACCACAGUACCUGUCCCUAUACCUCCUCCCUUGACUCUGUCCAGGGACACGUACACACCAUUGAGAAUAAAUGGGGAUACUGUGGAUCGGAUGAGCUGUUUUAAAUAACUGGGAUACCACAUCUCUGAGGUUAUGACAUGGUCAUCACACGCCGCAGCACUCGUGAGUAAGGCAAGGCAGCGCCUUUACCACCUCAGGCAAUUGAGGACAUUCAGAGUGUCUCCAAGGAUCCUCCAGUGUUUCUACUCAGCGGCUGUGGAAAGCAUCUUGUCCGGAAAUAUUACAAUCUGGUUUGGGAAUUGCUCUGCCCAGGACAAGAAGGCUCUGCAGAGAGUAGUGCGUUCGGCUGAACGCACUAUGGGAACUUCACUCGCCCCUCUGCAGGAGGUACAACUCCAGAGCCAAUAAAUUCAUGGGAGACCCCUUCCACCCCUGCAACGGACUGUUCCAGCUGCUUCAUUUCACUGCACAUCUCAUAUGUGUAUGUGACGAAUAAACUUGAUUUGACUUGACAGUCCUUUCAGGUUAGGCUGAGGUUCACGUGCACCUCCUCCAGCCUCAUAGUGUUCCAGGUUUGGACGCUUAUAGCAGCGAGACCAAGCAUAGACUGGGAGAUUGUCUCGCUGAACACCUUAGUCCACCUUGCCCUACAUGUUCUCCCGGUUGCCAAACACUUUAAAUCUAUUUCCCAUUCCCAUACUGACCUUUAGUUCCUGGGCCUUCUCCAUCGUCAGAGUGAGGCCAAAUGCAAAUUGGAAGAACAGUACCUCAUAUUUUGCUUGGGCAGCUGACAAUGCCAGUGGUCGGAAUAUUGAUUUCUCUAACUUCAAGUAACCCUCGCACAUUGUCUAUAACUCGUUAUCACCUAGUUCACAGCCAACAAUGGACCAUUUUGAUAAUCGUUACUUUUUUGUACAUCUUUCAUACAUUUGUUCUAUAUCACUGUCUAUAUCUCUCAUUUCCCUUCCCCUAACUCUCAAUCUGAAGAAGGGUCUUGUCCCGAAAUAUCACCUAUUCCGUUUCUCCAGAGAUACUGCCUGACCUGCUGUGUUGCUACAGCUUUAUGUCUAUUUUCACAGUUGAACUUCUAAAUAAUGAUUUCCUUAAGGUAUUUAGAGUUAAUUUAACUCAAAUUUGGAAGUACUAUUAGUUUGAUUUUUAAAGGCAUACAGAUAGUUUUGCUAUAACAUGUAUUUCGGUCGAAAAUGGAACAAUUAAAUUCUGGUUUGCAGCAGCUUAACAGAGUACUCGUAGAUAAAACAAUAAACAAAAAAAAAACUAUUAAAGUGCAAAAAAGAACAAAGUACAAUCAAGGCAGUUCAUAGUUUGUGGUCAAAAGCCUGGUGGUUGUUGGGAGGAAACUGUUCUUGAGCCUGGAAGAUACAUUUUUCUGACCCCUAUACCACCUUCCCAAUGACAGGAGAUGAGAGCGUGGCCAGAGUGGUGUGGGUCCUUGAUGCUGGUUGUCUUUUUGAGGCAGUGUCUCAUAUAGAUCCCUCCAAUGAUGGGGAGGUCAGUACCAUGAUGGACAAGGCAUUACUUUUUGUAAUCUUUCAUUCCUGGGCAUUUAAAUUGCCAAACCAAGCCAUAAUGCAAUCAGUCAAAUGUGGUCUACUGUACAUCUACAAGUACAAGAGUUUUCAUUGACAUACCUAAUUUCCUCAAUCUUGUAAGGAAGUAGAAGCAUUGAUAGGCUUUCUUUAUGAUUGCAUCAAUGUGCUUGGCUCAGGACAGAUCUUCGGAGAUAUGCACACCCACCAACCAAGUUUUUGACUCCCUCUGCUGCUGACCUGUCGAUUAAAACAGGUUUGUGGAUCUUCUGGCUCCUCUCUUCUAAAGUCCUCUCUUCUACAGCACCUUGGUCCUAUUUAUGUGAAGACCAAGGUGGGUGUUCUGGUACCAUUCAAUCAGACGAUCGAUCCCCCUUGUAUACAAAAGACACAUCAUUACAAUUUGUCCAAUCAAGUCUCAAAGCUUUCCAAAGGUUCACCCUCGUGAAGGAUCUUCUGAUGUUGAUUAUCUGGUGCUGCAGGACAAUUGUUGAUGGUAGUUUGGAUGUGACUUCUUAAAAUUGGCUUUGAUGGUUUUGUCUAUGAUGGGAAAGGCUUUAGGGUAUGCCAGUAGGAAGCUACUGCAGAUGUUGGUUUAUGCCGAAGAGAGACACAAAAUGCGGAAUAGUCAAUAGCCAAUUUUAUUUGUCACAUACACCUGAGGGUGCAGUGAAAUGAACUUGCCAGCAGCGGUACAUUUAAAAAAGAACACACAAUAAAAUUUAACACGAACAUCCACCACAGCUUCAGUCCUCCUUGUUCACCCAUGGUCGGGGCCAUAAACCUCCUCAGUCGCCGCUACGGAUGCCUGAAUGUACAGGCCCUCUCGUCGAGGCGGUCAAACACACUCCACGGCUUGGAGGUCCCGAUUCGGCGCUUUCUUACCGUGGCUACAAGAUGUUGUAGGCCGGCGGUCGGGGCUCUUCUCUGGCUAUUCCCGGCGAGGGAUCCCGCUCUGAUUGGUAAGUCCAUGACGUGCCCGCGGCUAGAAGCUCCGCAGACCGCGGCUUCAGGAUGUUAUAGGCCGCGGGCCGGUGGUCGGAGCUCAUACCCGGGGAUCCCAGGUUCCGGACGCAGCGCCCGUGGCUAGAAGCUCCGCAGACCGCGUCUUCAGGAUGUAACAGUUGCCUCCGUGGAGAAGAUGACCGAAAGUCGUUUAACCCCCCCCCCCCACAAGACAUCGAGAGACACUAAAACAAACAUUUGGACACACUAAAAAAAACGAAAGUAGAAAUAACAAACACGCUGCUGACAGGGCAGGCGUCUCGCAGUGCCCCCACUGACCAAAACUCAGCAGGACUGGCAGCAUCUCUGGAUAAAAGGAAUGGAUAACAUUUCGGGUCGAGACCCAUCUUCAGAUUUCAGAAAGCUCUCGACCCAAAACAUCGCCCAUUCAUUCUAUCCAAAGAAACUGCAUGUCCCGCUGAGUUACUUCAGCAUUUUGUGUCCAUCUCCAACUGGUGUUUAUUGACCAUGGCGUGCAGCUCCUCCAGUGCUAGAUGAACAUCUGCUUGAGGUGUGAUGUAUGCCACGGUCUUGAUGAUAGAGGUGACUUCCCUCGGGAGGUAGAAGUGAUGAUCAUUCACUGCGAUGAGUUCCUAGUGUGAAGAGCAGGAAUUAGACAGGACUGUUAAAUUUGAGCUCCAUGAAGAGUUGGGGAUUCAUUGAUUUUUAUUAAGAACUGGAGAAUCACUGAAAAGUUACUUUGGACAUUGAAAAGCAGAAAAAGGUGUGUUAGAUUUAAACAAUGUGGGGGGGGGGGGGAAUUAUUUCUGCGUAAGCACGUUAUAAUUAGAAUCCACUCUCGCUUGAUCGCAGUUGCGACUAACUGCAAGUGGCUAUUUAAAUUGACAAGUUUUUGCUUUUAUUUACUUGUGCAAUGAUACUUUAUUUAAGAAUGUAACCCAGCCUUUUGUGUUUUAGCUUUUACAUUAACAAAAACUUAUUGCUAUUGAAAAAGCCUUUUUUUUUUUUUAAUCCUGAAUGAAAAAUAACUUCUAUUGCAAGCCUGGAACUCUCUAGACCCUUAUCAUGUUUUCCUCAUUGACAUAAUUUGUUUUCCUUGACAAAUAGACCUGAUUGGCUAUGUGAGGUUUCUUAAGAACACAGCUCCUAUGUUAUGGCAGAACUGUAUGCACAUUAAAAUGAAACAAAACAUGCUGAUAAUGUUUGAAGAAAGCAAGUGCCAUUGAUUAUACAUAAUAUUUCAUAGCUUUAGAUUUUCUGUAUUGCUAUACACAUUAAACGCAUUUCCUGAAACUUGCAAAAUGAUUUAUCAUGCACCGGUAAUUCUAGCACACCUUAAAGGUCAUGCUGCAAUAGCUUGGAUGUUAUGGGGCAAGUACUUGAUUAUUGUUCACUGUCAUCAUAAUAGUCAUCUUGCAUUGCACAUUUUCCCACCGCAAUGUAUUGGCUGUAUUUCUGAAAGUUGUAUUGGGAUCUUGAUCACAGGUCCACUGGGUUAUCAGGUAGUGCAUGGCUUUGUUUUCGUGGCAGAAAUAGUUUUCCCAUAUAUUGGGAAUUAUGGGUGCAUAGUGAUGGAAUUGGCUCUGUAUGUGUGAUUAUUACAGCAUAGACUUUGAUAUUAAAAUUUGGGAUUGUAUCAGUUGUGUUCUUCAGGGGUGUUAGAUAGAAUAGGGCUGAUAUGUAAAUGUUGGGGGGGUGGAAGAGUUCAAUAUGGGGGUAGAGGGCAGAGACCAGGUGAAAAUGUUAGCGGGCAACUGCAGGCCUGGAGACACACAGAUCAAGUUUGUUGGACAGACUUUACCAGGGCCCUGGUAAUUUUUGAAUUAUGUUGCUUGACAUCUUCAGUGUAUUGCAUUUGAUGCUCAAGAUACUGGAGAAAGCAAAUUGUUUGCUGAGCACCUCUGUUACGCGUACAUUCCAUUUGCCAGCUAAUUUAAUUCUCCAUUCCACUUCCACUCUGACCUUUUUGUCCAUGGCCUCAUACACUUCCAAUGUGCCGAUUUUCUUCAGCAGAAAACCAUUUUGUUUCUUCACCUUCCCUUUCCCAGGUCUUUUAACUGAAAUGUUAACCCUUCCCCUUUUCCACGAACGUUGCAUGCUUUGUUGAAGACUAGUUCUUUCUGUUGGGAAUACUUAAUU